AGUACAUAUGCAGUAGCCCGCAGCUACACGUCACUGCAGACGCUCUGCUUCACACGAUGAUCAUCUUCAAACCAUCGUCGGCGACAUACAUUGUCCGCGUCGCGAUCGGAUCGGACACGGAUUGCCGUCACCCUCAUGGAUGUAUACUUCCUCCGUCCGGAAAUACGAGUAGGUGCCAAAAUCUUCUUCCAUUGCUUCAGCAUUUGCGUCGUUCUCCCGUGUGCACAACGGAGAAAGGGCAGCGAAACGAAGAAAUUGAUGGCGGGAGCCGAGAGCGCGCGGCCGGCGCCUCCGGUGCUGCCGUGGACGGUGCGGCUCCAGGUGCUCGCGCUCGGGGCCUUCUGCGACCUCUCGCAGCGCCGCGACGGCACAGUGAACCGCUCCCUCUUCUCGCUCGCCGACCGGCAGACCUCGGCGAGGCCGCGCCCGGACGCGCUCGGCGUCCGCUCCGUCGACGUCGUCGUCGACCCCGCAAGGAGCCUCUGGGCGCGCGUCUUCUCCCCGUCCGCGGAUAACGCUGAGGCCACUCCGCUCCCUGUCCUCGUGUACUUCCACGGCGGCGGCUUCGCGCUGCUCUCCGCGGCGUCCGCGCCCCUGGACGCCAUGUGCCGCCGCUUCUGCCGCGAGCUGGGCGCCGUGGUCGUCUCCGUCAACUACCGCCGCGCGCCCGAGCACCGUUACCCCGCCGCCUACGAUGACUGCGCGGACGUGCUCAGCUACCUUGCCACCACCGGCCUACCUGCCGACAUCGGCGUCCCGGUCGACCUCUCCCGGUGCUUCCUCUUCGGGGACAGCGCCGGCGGCAACAUCGCCCACCACGUGGCCCACCGGUGGACCUCGUCCGCCGCUGCUUCCUCCAAUAACCCCGUCCGCCUCGCCGGCAUCAUCCUGCUGCAGCCGUACUUCGGCGGCGAGGAGCGCACCGAAGCAGAGCUGAGGCUGGAGGGCGUGGGGCCGGUGGUGAACAUGCGCCGCUCGGAUUGGUCCUGGAAGGCGUUCCUGCCGGAGGGGGCCGACCGGAACCACCCGGCAGCGCACGUGACUGGCGAGGCGGGCCCGGAGCCCGAGCUGCCGGAGGCGUUCCCGCCGGCGAUGGUGGUGAUCGGCGGGUUCGACCCGCUGCAAGACUGGCAGCGGCGGUACCCCGCCAUGCUGCGGCGGAAGGGGAAGGCGGUGCGGGUGCUGGAGUUUCCGGACGCCAUCCAUGGCUUCUACAUGUUCCCGAAGCUCCCCGACGCCGGGAAGCUCGUCAAGGACGUUAAGAACUUCAUGGAAACCACCACGUGCGACCAUUAAUCCGCUGUGUAGUCGACUCAGCUCGUAUGCAGCCUCGCCGGCGAGAGCUCCAUCGCGUCGGAUGCGAGGGAAAUCUCACUUUCGGUAUUGCUUGCACGUAGCGUUGCGUGGAUGUGCCAUUCCUCUUGUUUGCAGGUGCUUCUCCACCGAUAAUACUACAUUUACGUCAAGCUACGAGCAGUUUACGUAA